CUCUCUAGCUUUCCACCGGCUUUUCACUCCCUCUCGAACCAUGGACAACAAAGGAAGCAACGGCACCGCCGGCGACGACGGCCCCGGCGGCGGAACCAAAACCGCCGCCGCCACCACCUCCACCGGCGACAAUGCGAACGCUAGCUACGGCUGCAGCGGGUUCGUCGACACGAGCAGAGCGGAGAGAUCGAUAUGGCUCAUGAAAUGCCCGCCCGUCGUCUCCCGGUCCCUGUCCGUGGCGAGUCCGCCCGCGUUCGAAGGAGGCGGCGACGGCGCCGCGCCCUCCUUCCCCGUCGCCAAGGUCAUCUUCUCCGUCGAUCUUCUUCACGGCGGCGAAGACAACUCCGAGUUUAUGAUGGAAUUGGCUUCCACUGAAUCUGGAAACAUACCAAGGCGAUACUCCAUGGAGAUGUCUAAAGACUUUAUCCCGAUGUCUGUUUUUUCAGAGUCUUCUCAAGGAAAAAUCUCUGUGGAGGGAAAGAUCCUGCAUAAAUUUGAUAUGAGGCCCCAUGGUGAGAACAUUGAAUCUUACGGAAAACUCUGUCGUGAACGAACAACCAAGUGUAUGAACAGAGCUAGACAGAUACAGGUGAUUGACCAUGAUACUGGCUCUCUUAUGAGGCCUAUGGCAGUGAUGGAGAAGAAGAAAGUGCCAACUAAGGUGCCGGAAACGAAAAGAACAAGAAGAGAUCGUGGAGAGAUGGAGGAGAUCAUGUUUAAGCUCUUUGAAAGGCAACCAAAUUGGACUUUAAGACAAUUGAUCCAAGAAACUGACCAACCUGAACAAUUUUUGAAAGACAUCCUAAAGGACCUAUGUGUCUACAAUAACAAGGGGCCCAAUCAAGGAACCUACGAGCUGAAGCCAGAAUACAAGAAAUCAACUGGCGAACCAACUUCUGGAUAAUUGCCGGAGCAACUCCAUCCUGAUGAGUGAGGAGCAACCGCGGUGAGUGAGUUAAUAGGUGAACUACCUAAUCCAUUCCAUGUACAUAUCAGGGGUUGUAACAUAGAUUGGUUUUUCUUUUACAUCUUUGAAGAAAGACAUUCUUCAGAAUAUCAUCCCUCCCUGUACUGUAAUUGAAGAUGCGUCAUAAUUCAACUUCUUGCUUGA